AUGCCUUCCAAUAAAAUAAAAAGUAAAAUUUGGAACUACUUUAAGAAAAUUGGUGACAAGGAGGCUAUUUGCAAUAUAUGCAACAAGAGUCUUAAAACUUCUGGGAAUACGACAAAUCUUCGAGGUCAUUUAGAAAAUGUACAUUCCCAGCAAUUGGAAGAUAAUGAUGUACCCAGCAAGAAAAAAAAGGUCGGUAACAUUACUAGUUACAUGUGCAUAGAUGAAGCAACUGCAAGUACCAGUAGUCAUAAUGUUGACCUUUCAUUACAAUCAAACAUCGACGUCGACGUUAACCAACCAUCGACCAGUUCAAGCAGUGUUAAAGAUUUAGUAUUACCUUCAUCUCAAAAGUCAGUUGCUACUGUUGCUAGUACAUCGUCAGACAUUGUUAUUGAUUCUAAAAAAAUUGCUCAGCCAAACGUAGAUGAUUUUAUAAACAACAUUAAGAGUAUAACUACAAAAGAUGGUGCAAAAUCAAAGAAAAUAACUGAGGCUAUUACGAAUUUCAUAAUCAUGGAUAAUAAACCAUUUUCGACUGUUAAAGGUAAAGGUUUUCGAUAA